AUGAAAGGUUCGUUCAGAAAUAUGCAAAAUCUACUUAAUCUGGAUAUCUCAUAUAGCCUGUUAAAAAUGUCAUCAAUUAACCAAUUCACGAACACAUCUGCGCUGAGGGUUCUCAAUAUGUCGGGAUCACAUCUCAAAGCUGAGGAUUUAGUUAAUAUACAGACUGGGACAUCGUUGUUCUCAGGCUUGGUCUCCUUGCAGACCCUUAACCUGCGGCACAACAUGUUAGAUACCCUGCACGCUCUUCCUGGCAUAUUCACACCGCUAGGAAGUCUUCUUGAGCUAGACUUAACAAGUUGUCGUAUACGACAAGUUGCCUCGGGAACAUUUGCAAACUUAACGGCCUUGAUUCAGCUUAGCCUACCUAGUAAUGACUUAACCAGUAUUUCCAAAGACGUUUUUCAAGGUUUGCAUCAUUUACGGGUGUUGCAGCUGCAGUACAAUUCGAUUACAUUCAUUGAGCAAGGGCUGUUUAUGGGCACAAAGGAACUUCAACAGUUGAACUUACAAAAUAAUCACAUUUCGACCGUAGCCUCCAACACUUUAAUGCCGUCAAGUUUGAUUAGAUUCAAUAUCGCAAACAAUCCAUUAACAUGCGAUUGCAAGCUCGCCUGGUUCAGACAAUGGUUGAACGAGGUUGAAGGAAAAAUAGAUUUUGCUCCAGAGAAUCAAACCCGUUGUUCUAGCAGUUCCUUAAAGGUGUUGGUCAAUCAAAACAUUUGGUCGUUCCAUCCGAAUGUAUAUUGUGGGAUCAAUGUCAUGAUUAUCGUUUCCGCAUGUUUUGCGCCGAUUUUAGUGUUAACCCUCGGUAUACUCAUGUAUCUGAACCGUUGGUGGAUAAACUAUAAGUUGUAUCUCCUCAAGUUGGCCAUCGUUGGUUACCAUGAGAUCACUGAAGAUCGAAAUCCGGAGGACUAUGAAUACCAACUCAACCUCAUGUUCCAUGAAGACGAUGAAUGGUGGGUAGAUGACUGCAUGAAACCUUUUCUGGAGCAGAGGAUGGCUCAUCUGGAGCGCGUCAUAUUUGGUGAUGCCGAUCUUCACCCAGGAUCGUUCUACUUGAACGCCAUCUAUGACGUCAUCGAAAACAGCCACAAGACAAUAUUGUUGCUUAGCAACCAGUCUGUAGAUGAUACCUGGUACAUGACCAAGCUUCGUAUGGCAGUGGAGCACAUGAAUGACACCAAGUUGGAGAAGGUCAUCUUAAUUUUCCUUGAAGACAUCGAUGAUGACCAUCUACCGUACCUUGUUAGACUCUUGCUGAGUCGGAACAAGCCUUAUUUUCUGUGGACAGAGGAUGAAGAAGGUCAGGAGGUCUUCUGGGCAAAGGUCCAGAAGAGCAUGAGAUCAAACCGGCAAAUGAACAAUGUUAUACCCGUUUAA